AUGAGUCGACCAAUGGACGAGGAUGAGGCGGAGAAGAAGGAAGAAGAAGAAUUCAGCACAGGACCGUUAUCCGUGCUCACGAUGAGUGUCAAGCAGAAUACCCAGGUAUUGAUAAACUGCAGAAACAACAGGAAAUUGCUUGGAAGAGUGAAGGCCUUCGACCGUCACUGCAACAUGGUUUUGGAGAACGUGAAAGAGAUGUGGACAGAGGUUCCAAAAACUGGGAAGGGGAAGAAGAAAGCCAAGCCAGUGAAUAAAGAUCGAUUUAUCAGUAAAAUGUUCCUGCGGGGAGACUCCGUCAUCAUCGUCCUUCGCAACCCUAAAUAG